AAGUACAUACUAAGUAGUUAAUACGUAAAAAAUACCACAUGUUUAUCAAUUGGGGAUGUAGCUCAGAUGGUAGAGCGCUCGCUUAGCAUGCGAGAGGUACGGGGAUCGAUACCCCGCAUCUCCAUUAAUCUUUUUUCCCUUUAUAUUUUUAAUCCUUUUUUUUUUCUUUGCCCAUCAACUAAAAUAAACUCUUCAAUAGUUCUACUAUUGAUUUCAUCUACUUCGUAUGAUCUAUCAGUCAAUAAUUCUUCAAUCUUUAAUAUUGAAUUUAAUCUUCUGUUAUGAUUCUUAUGAACUACAAUAGCAAUAAUCAACCUUUAAUUUUUUCAACAUGACAAAUAAUUCAGCCGCCUCACAAUCUCCGCCGGCGACGGAGGAACUCGACCUUGACUCAUUUCUCCGGCGACACAACGCCGCCUCCUCCGACGAAGACGAUGGCGGAGACAAUCGAAAUUCCGACAUUCUUCAUCGCUCAAUCGAUGACAUCCUCAACGAUUCCUCUUCCGAUUCUGAUCACGACGCAAUUUCGGUAUCUUCUUCUGUUUCUCAAACUAAAACCCUAAAUUCCGACAAUAAACAAUUGAAUUCGACGCAAAGUAAGUAUAGUUUAAUUCAAAGGUUAAAAUCUGAUGAAUUUGCUGGAAGUUCUAGUAGAAGACCGCCGAUUCCGACGCAAAAUGUGCGGAAUUCGUCGAUUUUCGGCGGUGGAGUUAGUAGGAAGCCUGGGGCGGCGUUUGCUGCUGCUGCUGCGGCAUCGAGGAAUGUUCGGAUGCCUCGUGCUGCGGUGAUUAAGUCGAGGAGAGCUUUGAGUGUGAGUUUGGAAGGGAAGGUGUCGGAUGGUGAUGAAUUGUUAGGGUUUGUUAGGGAUGAUGUGAAAUCCGAGGGUGGUGAUGGUGAUGGUGAUGGCAAUGUAAGUGAGGUUGUUGGAGGAGUGAUUGAGGAGAGGGAGGAUGGUGAUGAGUCUGGCAGUGUGAUGGAUGUUGGAAAUGGGGAGAUGAUUGCUUCACUGGAGAAGCAAGAAUUUUCGGAAUUCGAGGAUUUGAGUGUCGAACAGGUGAUUGAAAAGAGAGAGGAUGAUGAAAAGGUAGGUAGUGAAUUAGAGAAGGAUGGGGAGUUAGUGUCUUGUUCUGAGAAGAAUGAUGAUAUUCAUGAGUGUUGGGGUGUGGAGAGGGAAGAUAGUGUGGAGUUUGGGGAGAAGAGAAUUCGGCAUUCGUUAGAUGAUGAAGGGGAAGAAAGGAAUGAGGAGAAGAAUGUGGUUGGUUUGCAUGAGAAUUCUGUUGAUGAGGGAGGUGGUUUGUCUUUAGAAGUUGAGAAUGAGAAUAAAGAAGAGCAGGAUUUUGGGUUUGGGGUGCAGCAAGUACAGGAAAGUGAGAAGAGUGUGGUUUUAAAUAGUGAUGAAUUUGGUUCUGGAAGAAAUGAGGGCUCUGUAAGUGAUGAGGUUAAGGAGCUUGGGCUUGCUGAGGAUAGGAUUGCUGAACUAGAGAGCGAGUUUGAUAGUACAAAGACACAGGAGAAAUUGCUUCCUGUCAAGAAGCAACUAGAAUUAGCAGAAGAACUUGAGAUAAAACAAGUUUCUACGGGUCAGGAUUGGGAGGAAGGGGCUGCUGCGCAGCCUAUGAGGUUGGAAGGUGUGCGCAGAGGUUCGACUGUUCUGGGAUAUUUUGAUGUAAAUGCUGAUAAUCCAAUUAGUCGAGCUAUUAAAUCUCAAGCAUUUAUUCGUGAUUAUGGUACCUCACAGGUCAUUGCAGUGCAUCUCAAUUACAUUGCUUUGGGGAUGUCUAAGGGUGUCGUCGUUGUUGUGCCAAGUAAAUAUUCUGCACAUCUUCCUGAUAACAUGGAUCCAAAGAUGUUGUUGCUUGGUGCACAUGCUGACCGAUCCCAAGUUCCUGUAACUUCUAUUUGUUUCAAUCAGCAAGGGGAUCUUCUUUUAGCAGGGUAUGGUGAUGGUCUUAUUACAUUGUGGAAUAUACCUAGGGGAACUGUAGCUAGGGUUGUCACUGGAGAGCAUGCCGCACCUGUGGUACAUACACUAUUUCUGGCGCAGGAUUUUCAAGUGACUCGCCAAUUUAAAGCCGUUACUGGUGAUUGUAAAGGAUAUGUUCAGCUACAUGAAUUCUCCUAUAUGCCAAUAAUUGGGGUGACAGUCAAAACACUGUGUCUUCUUGAUGGUCAAAGGACAGGCACAGUGUUGUGUGCCUCACCACUUCUACCUGAUGAAUUUACUUUCUCAGGCAAUACCACAGGCUCAGGAAGCAGCAUAGGUGGUGUCAUGGGUGGUGUAGGGGGAGCAGCCCCUUGGAAAUUCUUCAAUGAAGGUUCCUCCUUGUCUGAAGAAGGUGUGGUCAUCUUUGUCACCCAUCAGACUGCUCUGGUGGUGAGACUUAAACCUAGCUUGGAAGUCUAUGCACAACUUUCUAGGCCAGAAGGCGUUCGGGAGGGUUCUAUGCCAUACACUGCUUGGAAAUGUACCACAAAGUCACGGGGUUCCUCCACAGAAAAUGUGAAUCCUGAAGCAUUGGAGAGGAUCUCACUGCUUGCUAUAGCAUGGGACCGGAAGGUUCAAGUUGCCAAGCUAAUAAGGUCAGAACUGAAAGAUUCUGAAAAGCCAGAACUUAAAGAAAGUGGAAAGUGGACACUUAGAGUGUGUGGAAAGUGGACUCUUGAGAGCACAGCUGUAGGUUUGGCAUGGCUUGAUGAUCAGAUGUUGGUGAUUCUUACAUUGACUGGUCAACUUUGCUUGUAUACAAGAGAUGGGACCUUGAUCCACCAAACUAGUUAUGCUAGCGAUGAAACUGGAGGAGAUGAUCUUAUUUCAUUUAACACGUAUUUUACCAAUGUGUUUGGCAACCCUGAGAAAGCGUAUCACAAUUGUCUAGCAGUCAGAGGAGCAUCUAUCUAUAUACUUGCACCCAGGCAUGUUGUUGUUUCUCGCCUUCUUUUAUGGCGAGAACGUUUUGAGGUGUUGCGCAAUGCAGGAGAUUGGAUGGGUGCCUUUAACAUGGCUAUGACAUUAUAUGAUGGUCAGGCUCAUGGUGUUAUUGACCUUCCCAGAGACUUGAACGCUAUACAGGAAGCUAUUAUGCCCUAUCUGGUGGAGUUGCUCUUUUCAUAUGUAGAUGAGGUUUUCUCCUAUAUUUCAGUUGCCUGCUUCAACCAGAUUGACAAAGAAGAAGAGGCGGAUAAUUCUCUCACAAAUAGCAAUACUGCAUCUUCUGAAAUAAAAGAGCAAUUUACCCGUGUUGGUGGAGUAGCAGUUGAAUUCUGUGUUCAUAUUAGAAGGACUGACAUUCUUUUUGAUGAAAUAUACUCAAAAUUUGUAGCAGUUCAGCAUAGAGAUACAUUUUUGGAGCUUCUGGAACCCUACAUAUUGAAGGAUAUGCUUGGAUCACUGCCUCCUGAGAUUAUGCAAGCACUAGUAGAGCAUUACAACAGCAAAGGAUGGCUGCAGCGAGUGGAGCAAUGUGUUCUUCACAUGGAUAUUUCAUCCUUGGAUUUUAAUCAGGUUGUGAGGCUAUGUAGAGAGAAUGGUUUGUAUGGUGCCCUGAUAUACCUUUUCAACAAAGGGCUAGAUGAUUUCAAGACUCCUUUGGAAGAAUUAUUGAAUGUGUUAAGAAAUCAUAAAAGAGAUGCUGCUACUGCUGCUGUUGGGUACCGAAUGCUAGUUUAUCUGAAGUACUGCUUUUUGGGCCUUGCUUUUCCACCAGGACAUGGAAAACUCCCUUCUAAGCGGCUCCCUUCUCUUAGGAUGGAGCUUUUGCAAUUUCUGCUGCAGGAUUCUGGUGGCCCAAAGUCACAGACAGGCGCUAGCUUAACUUCAACUGGAGCUUUCCUGAACUUGCAUUAUCUACUAGAGUUGGAUACAGAGGCUACAUUAGAUGUUUUAAGAAUGUCGUUUCUGGAGGAUGGGCAAUCCAGGCUUGAUAAUUCUCUGCCUAACUAUUCAGAUGCUACUGAUGACAAUCCGAUUGAAAAUGAAUUAAUUGCUGGUGAUCAGGAUAUGUUGGUUCAGAAAAUUGUUGAUGCUCUAGUUAUUGUUCUUGAUGUAGAUAUUUCUCAGUCACUCAGAUCUACGGGCAAUGAUGAUGCUAGCAUGGUUGUAUGGCCUUCAAAGAAAGAUAUAGGUUUUCUCAUUGAGUUUGUGGCUAGUUAUGUUGCAUCUAAAAGAGCUAAUGUAUCAAAGAGUGUGUUGAGCCAAAUAUUGGAAUACCUCACUUCAGAGAAUCAUCUUGCACUUGAUGACUGUGAACAGAAACAUGAAUCUAAAAAAAGAAGGGAGAAAAAAGUACUUGCUCUGUUGGCCGCAGUUCCUCAAACAGAGUGGAAUGCAUCCUAUGUCCUGCACCUGUGUGAAAAAGCUCAAUUUUACCAGGUUUGUGGCUUAAUCCACACCAUCAGACAGAAUUAUCUUGCUGCUUUGGAUUGCUAUAUGAAAGAUGUGGAUGAACCAGUGCACGCAUUUUCAUUUAUUGAUGGUAUAUUACUGCAGCUCAGUGAAACUGAGUCUGCUGCUUUCCAAUCAUCAGUCAUUUCUCGGAUUUCAGAGCUAGUCACUUUAAGCAGAGAAUGCACAUUUUGCUUGGUGAUUUAUCACUUGAACAAAGAAAGGGGACAUAUUCUCUCUAAUCUUCAAUCAACCCCAAGAAGCCUUUUCCUUUAUCUUAAGACUCUUUUUGAGGUUUAUAAUUCAGGCACCCUCAACUUUUCUUGUAUAGAGGGGGAUGGUAUCUUUGAUGGUCCCUGGGGCAGACAAAAUGAUGGGAAUAUUACUCUGGAUGCUUAUCUAGAAAGAAUUUCUGAAUUUCCGAAAAUAAUACAAAAUAACCCCGUUGAAGUGAAUGAUGAUAUCGUUGAACUAUACCUCGAGCUGUUAUGUCAGUAUGAACCUGAUUCAGUUCUCAAGUUCCUAGAUACUUUUGAAAAUUAUAGAGUUGAUCGCUGUUUGUUGUUGUGCCAAAGAUAUGAAAUCGUUGAUGCUGCUUCGUUUUUAUUAGAAAGGGUCGGUGAUGUUGGAAGUGCUCUUCUGCUUACCCUCUCUGGACUCAAUGAUAAAUUCAUCAUGCUUGGUACGGCAGUGGGAAAUACAAUUUCAGACAUGGAUGUAGGCAAAUAUAUACAUAAGGAUUGCUUUGCUGCUGCUUUGGGGUUGAAAGAGGCACAAGACAUUAAAAAAGUACUACAUUCAUGUAUUGGCCUUUGCCAACGCAACUCACCUCGUUUGAAUCCGGAAGAGUCUGAAUCGCUUUGGUUCCAUGUGCUAGACUCGUUUUGUAGACCCUUACUUAUUUCUCAAGGUAACUCUGAAAAUGGCAUUGCAACUCAGUCUUCAAACUUUAAAGAUGACUUGGAGGCCAAUUCCAUCUCAUGGACGAUUUACAGGACUCAGAAAUGUGCUCCUGUUCUGAAGAGAAUAUUUUCUGAAUUUGUCAAGGAAAUUGUUGAGGGAAUGAUAGGAUAUGUUCGUCUUCCAUCUAUCAUGGAAAAACUCCUGUCAGAUAAUGGAAGCCAGGAAUUUGGUGAUUUUAAGCUGACCAUUUUAGGAAUGCUGGGAACAUACAGCUUUGAGAGGAGGAUUCUGGAUACCGCCAAAUGCUUGAUAGAGGAUGAUACAUUCUAUACUAUGAGUUUACUCAAGAAAGAUGCUUCAAAGGGUUAUGCCCCUCGAAGUCUUCAGUGCUCUAUAUGUAAUUGCUCCUUCAAGAGCUCUUCAAAUUCUGGAAUCCGGGUGUUCAAUUGUGGUCAUGCAACCCAUAUACAAUGUGAUGUUCAGGAGAAUGCUACAAGUAGUCAAAGUUCCUCUGGUGGAUGUCCAAUAUGCGUGCAUAAAAAAAAGAUUCGGAAAGCAAAAGGUAAGAUGGCAGAACUAGGUUUAGUGAGUGCUUCACCAUCUACAUCCCGACGAGCGCAGGGAACAAGUAUUCUUCACCCUCGUGAACUGGAUGUAUUUGAAAACUCCACUGGCCCUCAAACUUCAAGAUUUGAGAUCUUGAAUAGUCUUCAGAAGAACCAGAGAUUGGUUACUUAUGAUACCAUGCCCCAGCUGAGGUUAGCACCUCCAUCUGUUUACCACGAAAAAGUAAACAAAAGAAAUCAUUUUACAGCAGGGGGAAGUAGAGAAGGCUUGAUGGAUUCUGAAAAGCAUAGUAGAAAUAAGCAACUCCGAGAUCUCAAAGUAAAAGGCUCGUCAGUUAGGUUCCCUCUCAAAUCAAAAAUAUUUGGCAAGGAGAAGACUCGUAUCAACUAACCAUGCUGCUAGUGUUGGGAUCAAGCUCGGUACAUUUCACUGGUCAUAUUGAAUAUUUAUUAACAUUUUCACAUAUUAGUAUCCACCUUCUGAUUAACUCAUUUUUGUUUCAAUAUCGUUGAGAGUAGAGACAUCAAGCCCCCUGUCCUUAUAAUCAAUUGUAUCCCUGUAUAUAGCUAUUCAAGUUAGGUAGACUAAUAAACCAUAUUUGGGAAUGAAUUCAUUGUAAUAUCUUCUUAGUGUUGAUUUUCUAAUACAUUAAUUUUUGGCAAAA